CCGGUCUUUAUCAAACGUCUAUUGAACGUGCCCAAAAUGACCGUUUGUGCAUUGCAUGUCACCCAAACUGCCCGCGAGCGUAUCUUGAAGGCUGGCGGUGAGGUAAUCACCUUCGAUCGACUGGCUUUGAAGUCGCCCACUGGCAAGAACUGCCUGUUGUUGCAAGGUAAACGCACCGCUCGUACAACCUGCAAAUAUUUCGGAAAGACACUCGGUGUACCUCACUCCCACACCCGCCCCUAUGUUCGCUCCAAGGGACGUAAAAUCGAACGCGCCCGUGGUCGUCGUUCCAGCUGUGGUUAUAAGAAGUAAACAA